AUGCCUUUCAAGCUGAAGUUGAAGAAAACGCGGCAAUACAAUGUAGCGUCAAAGAGUUUGUUUGUGAUAAGUGUUGAGCUGUUAGACGGUGGUGUUGCAGACUGUACACUGUCUGUAGACAGCACAGGACAAGAAUGCCUCGAUAAUGUGUGUCAGAGACAAGCAAUCAACCAGUCGGAGUUCUUCGGGCUUCGGUAUAUUAACCGAAGCCAACAGCCGCGAUGGGUGCAACUGGAACGACCGCUGAAACGGCAACUGGAGAAGUACGCGUCAUCACAUCAGUUGUACCUUCGAGUGAUGUACUAUGUGAUCUCUGGUACUAGUCUGAUCACUGAUGAAGUAACCAGAUACCACUACUUCCUACAGCUAAAGAAUGACUUGGUAGAGGGCAGGAUUAUUUGUGAUUGUCAGCAGGCAGUUGUACUUGCAUCUUACAGUAGGCAGGCAGAGUAUGGGAAUCAUGACCGAGAACGGCACACAGUGGAAUAUUUGAAGAACCUGUUGACAUUUCCAAAGCAAAUGUUGGAUGGUGGUCAAAUCAUUGAUGGAAGUACUUUGGCUGAGACUGGCAGAUUGGAAUGGCUGACGGAGGCUGUGAUUCAGCAUCACAUGGCUCUGCACAACAUGUCCCAGGCACAAGCAGAAGAGGGGUUCAUCACAACGUGUCAGCAGCUCCGCGGUUAUGGCCAGGAGAUGUUCAGCGCCAAAGAUCAGCUCAGUUCCAGUGAAGUGACUAUCGCCAUCUCUCUCACCGGUGUCAGAGUUCUCACCGACACCAGUGAAACGCCUCACUUUUAUAGGUGGAGUGAUAUUACAAACGUGAUCAACCACAAGAGGACCUUCAGUAUCGAGUGCCAGAAGCAGUCGGGGUCGGCGUCUUUCAUCCUCACUAGUCCAGAAGACGGGAAGUAUGUGUGGUGGUCCUGUGUCCAGCAGCAUACCUUCUACACGAAGCAUCAGAGUGCGUUGAGUGAAGCACCCAGAGAUGAGCAUAGGCCUAAGUUUCAGGAGCACGGUCUAUCAGAUAGCCGCGAAGAGUUGGACGCCAGGGAAUUAGGCAGCGUGUCAAGGCUCGAACCUUUGACUGCGGCACACCGGGCGUACUCUACGAGCUGUCUCGAACUGGCGGAACAGCAUCACCAUCAGCCUCCACAACCGAUACAUCAGAACAGAGCACUUCUACCAUCAUACCGGCCCGCUCCCGACUAUGAAACUGCCAUACAACAGAAAUACCAACAGCAAAGAGCAGAAGCUCAACUCCGCUACCAAAACCACCACCACGCCCAAAUGGUCAACACCAGCACCAAACCCUUAGUUUACGGUUCACACCCUGACAUCCACCGAAUCCACUACCCUGAUGUCACUCGGCACACUCAACCGGUAACCACAGAAGAAUACCCAUACGGGCUCAAGUUUAUGGGGAAUUAUCCCUUUGCUGUCAAUCCCAACGUGCAAACAGACAUAAAUCAACUACACUUCGUCAAUGUAUAUAAACCACCCCCACCAUACCCCUCAAAUGGAUUAGCAUCAAAUUCCACCCCAGACUUGGCUGUUGCCAGCCAAGCUCUGAACUACCACAGAGGAUACAUCAAUUCACAUGUCUCUGGCUCAAGUCCAGACUUAGUUUCGACAAGGACAGCCUUGAACAGGCAAUAUUUAGGAUAUAUCAACCCUAGUCACAUUAACUAUAGACCAAAUAUCAUGCCGGGGACCCACGGUACGUACAACAACCUUGCAUCAGUCUUAGACCCAAAACCACACAUAUUUAUAGACCCACAUCAUAUAUCAGACAACAUCCAAAAAGUAUACGACGAAAGAGGGAAUAUUAUGUACUCUAUGCCCAUGCAGAGGUUGCCAUACCAAAGACAUGUGGUGUUGCCACAAUCACAGCAAAUUAAACUUGGAGAUACACCAGAACCAAUAUACGAAAAUGUUCCUCUACCCUGGCAGAAUGAAGGGAAAAUUACAAUGAGGGAUCGGGCACAGAGUUUAACGACUACAGAUGAAAUAGCUAGAUUAAAUGAAAGGAAUAGCAGUCAUCCCACGAUAAAUAAAUAUUUAUCACCGAAUUACGUUCCUGUCAAACGUGACAACCCUGAUAGUCAUUAUGUUAAUGCUCAGAUCAUUAAAGGCGUCAGAGAGACGAGUGUGCCGAAAGAUCUGACUGUAUCAUCCAGGUCUAUGAACAGAGAAGCAGAGUUCGAGAACGUGGCGUUAUCGAUAGACAGGCUGUCUUUACACGAUGAUAAGGACUACGAUGAAACGCCUUACCAAAGUCUGUCGACCCACAGGGUGUCCAACAAUAACACCAUUAGUGCGGUGAAUAAGGGUGAGAAUGUAACUUCGAUUGUUGUGAACAACGAUUAUACCACUGGGACUACUGAUGCAACGAUUUCUACUAUCAAUAGUUCAACAGAAACCGAAACGAGCAAAACGAGUACCUCUUCGAAGGAGAAGAAACGACGUCGUUGGGGCGUGUGGAUGGGGCGCAGCUCCAAGGACGUGCGCUCCGCCACGCUCGGCCGCCCGCGCCACGCGCCCGCCCCGCACACGCACCGCUGGUCCACGGGGCUCGCCAAGUUCCAGCCGCUACCGCCCAGCAUCACCAAGGAGACCAUGGUCCAAAUCCUCGAACGCAAAAUGACAGACGAGCAGCUGUCUUUCGCGUUCGAACAGAUCCCCAAGGGCCGCGACACUGGAGGGGAAUUCCGAACAGCUCUGCUGCCGCAGCACGCGGCGCUGAACGGGUUCUCGUCGGACCACCUUCCUUAUGAAGACAAUAGAGUCAGGCUGCAUCCGAGCGCGACCAACCCACACGGGUACAUCAAUGCGUCACAUAUUACGAUGACGGUGGGCAGCACGCAGCGGUUCUACGUGGUGGCCAUGGUGGGCGAGGGCCGCGCGGCGGUGGGCGGGGCGUGCUCGUGCGGGGGCGCGUGCGCGCUGGUGUGGCAGUGCGCCUGGCAGGUCGGCGCCGCGCUGCUGGCCCGCCUCGGGCCCGCGCCGCACUACCUGCCCGCCGACAACGCCACAAAGGACUUCGGGAAGUUUCAAGUAUCUUGUGGUACUUCAUCUCGAACGACGUGGGGUGCGUCUGUCCGAGUGCGAGUUCGAAACGGUGCACGCGCAAGGGACCUGUGGCACGUUCACUACGCCAAGUGGCCCAACAACAAGACGGUGCCCGAUGAUGUCGACGAUUUCCUAGCGUUCCUGUCGGAGAUGAAUAGCUUGCGGCUGGCGAGCGAGGCGGAGGCGCUGGGGUGCGGGGGGGCGCUGGGGGGCGCGCUGCAGGCGGCGGCGCCGCUGCUGGUGUGCUGCCCCGCGGGCGCAGGCCGCUCCGGAACCGCGCUCGCUGCAGACGUGCUGCACGACAUACUCGACAACAACCAGGAACUAGACAUCCCGCGUACCAUCAGUAUGCUGCAUCAGCAACGAGCGAAUCUAAUACAGAACGUGCAUCAAUACAAAUUUUUGCACCAACUACUGUUACAAUACUUGAAACAAUCACGACUCAUAUAA